AUGGCAAUGGCACACAACACGCCACCUCGCAAGCUGUGGCUGUCAUGCGGCGGCACGCGUACGUUGCAAGCCCUAAUACUAAGCUCACUAGUCCUCCUUGCUGCUUCCACGGUCGACGACGUUGUCGGAACGGCGGAGCCACAGCCACCGUCCGGCGGCGGCGACUGUCGUCACUACCGCUUCGAGCUCACCCACGUAGAUGCCAACCUCAGCCUUAGCAGCGACGAGUUGAUGCGCCGCGCCUAUGACAGGAGCCGCCUCCGGGCGGCGACCUUGUACGGCACGGCCGCUGAUUCUCCUGCUGCUGCUGCUGCUCGUGGUGGUUCUUCUGACUCCAACGACUCCGACUCUGACUCACCUGUCAGAUCCCCAGGGUACCUUAGCCAGGUUGACGCGGAGUACAUCAUCAAGUUUUACCUGGGCAAGCGGAGCGACGGCGUCAUCUCGGCCGCCGUGGACACCGGCAGCAACCUGAUUUGGACGACCGAGAAGGAGUGUCAGCUUUCCACGACCAGAUCCGUGCUGCCUUGCUCCAGCGACAUGUGCGGGCAGCAAGCCAACAGCCAGUGCAGUGGAAAGAAGUGCACGUACAAUAUCGCAUACGGUGACGGCCACAAGGCCACCCAGACAGCAGGCAUCCUGUACAAGGACAAGCUCACCUUCCUCCGCCCCCGGCUGCAAACCUUUGAAAACGUCGCCAUCGGCUGCUCCACCUCCACCACACUAAAGUUCCACGACCCCCGCAUCAAGGGGAUCGUCGGGCUUGGCCGUGGCGCCCAGUCACUGCCGGGGCAGCUAGGAUUCAACAAGUUCUCCUACUGCCUCAGCAGCUACUACAAGCCCGACCUGCCCAGCUACCUCCUGCUGACAACCGCCCCCAGCAUGGCCACCGGCGCCAGGAGCGGCGCUACCGUCGCCACCACGGGGCUGCGGCGGAACGACGCGUACAAGACCCGGUACUUCGUCGACCUGCAGGGCAUAUCCAUUGGUGGAACUCGCCUUGAUAUCGCCGUGAUGAAAAGCGGCGGAAACAUGUUCGUCGACACAGGCGCCUCUUACACUCGGUUGGAGGAGAGUGUUUUCAAUAAGCUGGUGGAGAAAGUAGACCAGAUAAUGAAGGACCGACAGCACACCAAAGAGCAGAGCCAAGAGGACGGCAGGAUUUGCUACUCGUCGUCAACCCAACCCGAUAGUAAGAGCAUGCCACAGAUGGUACUGCACUUCGCCGACUCCGCUAACAUGGUGCUGCCCUGGGACAGCUAUUUGUGGUAUACCAGCAAGUCGUCCAAACUGUGCUUAGCCAUCUUAAAAAGUGAAACCACGGGGGUGUCGGUCCUGGGCAAUUUCCAGAUGCAGGGCAUACACAUGCUCUUCGACACCCAAAAUGACAAGCUUUCCUUCGUGCCGGCCGACUGUACUAAGGUCUGA